CGACCAACGAGAGCAAACGACAAGAGUGAACGGCCUUGCGAAACGUCGAGGGGCUUAUAAGAAGACUCAUAUUUUCUAAUUCCAUCAUGCCACCUCCGGUUCCGAUUCAUCUUGACCCGCUAACGAUUUCGUCCAUCUCCGGGUCAAUUUCGAUUGCAUUCUGGAUCUGCGUCUUCUCACCACAAAUCAUCCAAAACUUCCAACGACGGAGCGGUGACGGGCUUUCCCUCACUUUCCUCGCGAUCUGGUUAGCAGGCGACGUCGCAAACGUAAUCGGUGCAAUCUUCCAACACGUUCUGCCGACGAUGUUGAUUUUGGCGUUGUACUAUACGUUGGCGGAUGUUAUCUUGAUUGCGCAGGUUACGUACUAUCGUGCUCUGCCAAAGUCGGAUGAGUCGCCUACUCCAUCAUCGGACGGGAUGCCGAGUCCUGAGCAUUUGUCGCCAGCUACGCCGUUGCUCGACGAACACCAGCGUCACAAGCAUGUCCACGCUGCCCCACCCAUGUGGAAAGCUGCGCUGUGGAACAUUGCCGCCAUUGCCGCGGUCUGUGCUGCCGGUGUGGCCGGAUGGUGGAUGUCGCAAAAUGCACAUGGUGGACAGCCAGAUGGCGGAAAGAAGCACAGCGAGGAGGUCGAGUGGGACACCUGGGGUCAGGUUUUUGGGUGGAUGUGCGCUGGUCUCUACCUCGGAAGCCGUAUUCCGCAGAUCUUGCACAACUGGAGACGGAAGACUUGCGAAGGUCUAUCACUCCUCUUCUUCCUUUUUUCUUGUCUCGGCAACAUUACCUACGUUAUCUCCAUCGUCACGGCGGCCCUCGCAUCUCAAGAUCCUCGGGCCUAUAUCGGCGUGAACGCAUCGUGGAUCGCUGGUAGUGCCGGUACGCUGAUUCUUGAUGGCACGAUCUUCGUGCAGUUCUUUAUGUAUGGAGCGGAGAGGGAGAUUCGAGAGGGAGGUUUCGUGCCUGUCCCGAACGACACGGCUGAGGUGUGAGAAUCUUGCAAGGGGAGAUAUCUAAAACCGUACACGAAGAGCGUUUUGGGCAAAAGGAAAG